GAGAGAUUCAGGGUGUCUUCUGUGGCUCUCCACUAGCCGACGGAGGAACCCCUGGGGCUGACAGGCUUCAGGUUUUGAAUCUCACGGCUGUUUCUUCACAGCUGCUGGAAGCAUUUAAACUCCACGGAGUGUUACAGGAGAUGACCAUUUUGGACUUCCAUUUUGGGUCCUGGCAGAGGGGAUGGAACUGGAGCCCGGGAAGUUUUCUGGAGUGACUUGCCCUAGUGUCUCAACUCCUCAGCCUAAAAAGAUGCGGGCUGAGGGGGACACGGCUGAAGUUUAGAAAUCAUUCAAUCGAUCGUCCUUCUUGGCCAUCUAAUCUGGACACAGGACUGUACUAAGCACCCGGCAGAGUUCAUCAGAAUUAAUAAGCAUGACCCCUGCACUCAAGGAUCUUGCAAUCUAGCAGGAGAGACAGACUCUCAAAUAAAUUACAGGCUCCGGACUAUUCGAUAACACCCGCAGAAGACAAUAGAGUCGACAGAAAGCGGAAGCCCAGUAGACCAAUCAAAGAGGACUUCUCGGCGCGUCUGGUGCUCCACUGCUCCGCACACAGCUCGACCUGUCCAACCGUCGGGCGAAGCCGCUCACUCUGACGUCCGCCCCGGAGGGAAGAGCUCAUGCGAGGGAGGCGAGGAUGGCCAAAGGCUCCGGCGGCCCGGGGCCCCCUCUGAACCGGACCGAGGCGGGGCCGGCGCUGGUCCUCGGGGGAGGCCUGGAGCUCGCUUUCACGGGGGCCCUGACGGCGAUGAUGGCGCUGGUGAUGUUCGCCCUGGGCUGCACCGUGGACGGGCGGAAACUCUGGGGGCACAUCCGGAGGCCCUGGGGCAUCGCCGUGGGGCUGCUCUGUCAGUUCGGGCUGAUGCCCCUGACCGCGUACCUCCUGGUCACCGGCUUUUCUCUGAAACCAGCGCACGCCAUUGCCGUCCUCAUCAUGGGCUGCUGUCCCGGGGGCACCAUCUCUAACAUCUUCACCUACUGGGUGGACGGGGACAUGGACCUCAGCAUCAGCCUGACCACCUGCUCCACAGUCGCAGCCCUGGGCCUGCUGCCCCUCUGCCUGUCCCUCUACACGCCAUCCUGGGGCCUCGAGCCGAGCCUCACCGUCCCGUACCAAAAUAUCGGAAUUGCGCUCCUGUGCCUCAUUAUCCCCGUGGGCUGUGGGGUCUUUGUGAACCACAUGUGGCCGAAACAAUCGAGAAUCAUCCUCAGAGCCGGGGCCAUCGUCGGUGGGGUCCUCCUCCUGGUAGUAGCGGUAGCUUGUCCGGUCGUGUACAAGGGCUCUUGGAACUUGGACGUCUCCCUGCUGAUCAUCAGCAUCAUCUUUCCGCUCAUCGGCUACGUCGCUGGAUUUCUUCUGUCCCUUCUCGCCCAGCAGCCUUGGAAAAGGUGCCGGACGAUAUCCCUGGAGACCGGGGCGCAGAACAUCCAGAUGUGUUCCACCAUGCUCCAGCUCUCUUUCAGCGCUGAUCAGCUGGCCCAGAUGUUCACUUUCCCUUUGAUCUACGGGUUCUUCCAGCUGCUGGAUGGAUUUCUUGUUGUUGUAGUUUAUCAGCUAUUCAAGAGGUUAAAGGCAAACAAAGAGAAGGAUCUCAACGAAGCUGAAAGCUCCCCUAAGGACGAAGCCAAUGCUGUGUUUCAGGAGGCGGAGGAGGAGGAAGUGGUGAGGAUGUUUCCUGGAGCCGUUUUCGACAACCAGUCUCAACAGGACUCUGGGAACAACAGAACCCUUCCAAAGAACAUGAGGAACUGCAUGCCAAAUGGCCUGAAUAUACUGACCCAACAGCUACUAAAGCAGGAGGAGAGGUGACAUGUAGUUAGGAAUUUGUUAGGAACAGGUCGAUUGAGAGUGAAAUGUCUGUCUUCUUUCCAGCACUCUAUACAUGUCAAUAUGAUAACUUUUUGAGAAUUUAUUCCCUUUUAAGGGAGCA